AUGGCCGACUCCGGCGCAAACGCUACCUCCGUGGCUACAUCCUCGCAUGCGCGCUUCGACAACGACGACUCGCUGCUUUUGAACGACUUUGGCCUGUCUGACCUGCGCGCCUCUCCGAAUUCCAACAGUAUGAGUCCUACUAACAUGAUGGCCUCUUACUCCGACUUCGACAUGGCCUUUGCCCCGAACCGAGGCUUUGGCUCCGACUUUGACGGCAUCCAGCCAAAAAUCGAGCCUGGCUAUGCUGACCACCGAGGAAGCGUGGGGAACAUGAGUGAGGAGGCCAUGAGUGCCGCCAGUGCCCUCCCACACCGGCUGAGCAUUGGUGCCAGCCCAGGAAUUGAUGGGUCCAAUACCAGUCCAGCGGGGAGUGCGCCUGCCAUGGACAUGCUCGCCAUCGGGGAUACCAUGAGUGAAGGCUCGGCCCUUGCUAUGAAGCUCGGCGGGAACGAUGGCACAGACGGCCAUUCGACCACGUCAAAAAAGAGCAAGGACGACAUCCAGGACCCGCCACUGUGGAGCGAGAUGAAGACAAAGGCUGGCAAAGAGAGGAAAAGGCUACCACUGGCAUGCAUUGCCUGUCGGAGGAAGAAGAUCCGCUGCUCCGGUGAGAAGCCCGCAUGCAAACACUGUCUGAGAAGCAGGAUACCAUGCGUCUACAAAGUCACCACACGGAAGGCUGCCCCGCGGACCGACUACAUGGCCAUGCUGGACAAGAGACUCAAACGCAUGGAAGACCGCGUUGUCAAACUCAUUCCCAAGGAAAGCCUACCUUCUGUCGCAAAUGUGGGCAGGUCCAUUGUUAAGCCCGCUAUCCCCGGCGCCCCGCCCAAGACGCCCACGAACAAGAAGCGUCCAGCCGAAGAAGCAUUCGGCAACGAGCUCGAUGAGUGGUCCAAGGCAAAGGUUCCUGACCCGGACAUUGCUGGCUCGACAUCACGGUCCAAGGAAUCAGCCGAGAGCAAACUGCUCACCGAAGGCGCCGAGAGCCUGCCUUCAAAAGAAAUUCAAGAGCAUCUAACUGAAGUGUACUUUGACUUUGUGUACUGCCAAAGCUAUCCGCUUCUCCACAAGCCCAGUUUCAUUAGAAAGCUAGCAGCGGGCCAGGUUCCGCCAGUACUAAUAUUAGCGCUGUGCGCUAUAUCAGCACGCUUCUCUACACACCCCCAAUUACGGACAGAGCCAUGUUUCCUACGAGGCGAUCACUGGGCGGAACGCGCGCGAGAAAUCUCGCUGAAACGAUACGAUACACCCAACAUCACCAUUCUGAUAGUCUAUCUCUUACUUGGUCUUCAUGAAUUCGGCACAUGCCAGGGCGGACGGAGCUGGAUGUUUGGCGGCAUGGCACAGAGAAUGGCAUACGCACUGCAACUGCACAAAGAAAACGAAUACGACCCGCUGGUCAGCGAAAAGGACAGGAAACCCCUGAGCGCUACAGACCGAGAGAUACGGCGGCGGACAAUGUGGUCCUGCUUCCUGAUGGACCGCUUCAACUCUUCUGGUACUGACCGGCCAUUGUUUGUUCAUGAACAAUAUAUCGAAGUGCAACUACCAGUCAAGGAACAUCUAUACGUUCACGAGAUACCUGCGCCGACCGAGAGCCUAGAAGGCACUGUACCAAACCCAGUUCCGCCUGACAGUGGGCACCUGUCGGAUCCGCGCGAAAACAUGGGCGUUGCGGCUUACACGAUACGUUUGGUCUGCACAUGGGGCAAACUAAUCAAGUACAUGAACCUGGGCGGCAAAGAGCGUGAAGACGAACCAAUGUGGUCAUCCAACUCGACAUAUCACGCGAUCAAGAAGGAGGCAAAGGACUUCAAGGCAGCAUUGCCUGAGAUGCUGGUGUUCAGCCCCGAGAACCUCAAGAGCCACGCUGUUGGCAAAACCGCAAACUCGUUCCUGUACCUCCAUAUCCUAUACCAGCAAAUCAUGCUCUUCAUGCACCGCUUCGCCCUACCUUCAACAGCAGGCAGCAGACCACCAAAGGACAUGCCGCACGACUUCCUUACAGAAUCCGCCCGCUCAGCGCUCGAUGCUGCGAACCAGAUAUCGAUGCUUAUCCACGAAUCCAUGGAUCACAACGUCGUUGCGCCAUUCGCUGGAUAUUCCGCCUUCUUCUCUUCGACCGUACAUAUUCACGGCGUAUUUUCAAAGAACCCAAAGCUGGAAGCGCAAUCGAAAAAGUAUUUGGCAUACAAUCUCAAAUACCUGACAAAGAUGAAGAAGUACUGGGGAAUGUUCCACUAUAUCGCCGAGAACUUGAAGGAGUUGUACCGACAACACGCCGACGCUCAACUGCAAGGGUCGAAUGCAAGUGAGCAGAAGAAGGGUAGCAUCUUCCAGUAUGGAGACUGGUUUGAUAGGUAUCCUCACGGGGUCUCGAAAACAGACUACGAGGACGCAGCAGAAGGAGUUCCAAAAGAGGCAGGCACGGAUGCGGUUCUGGGGCACAAGAGUGAUCUGCAAAGUGUAGAGGAAUUCUUCGCCUCGCUAUCUCCGCCGUCCAAAUCAGACCAACAGCGCAAACACGCUCGCAAGAACAAGUCGAAAUCAGUGUCGAAACCCGAUAUAUCGUCGUCGAGCCAUACGGAUCCAGCACGAUUGCAACGCCACAACAGCCAUUCACAGCAAUCCCGCACCGCACAACUACAAGCUCAACAACAAAUGAACCACCUAAACAUGACCUCGCAAGACGCAAUAGACGCCGCCAUCGCCGCCGGCUACGACCCAAACACGCUCUUCGCCCAACAGCAACAACAACACCACCAAUCCUCCUCGCAACAAUUCCUCGCCGACUUCGCUUCACAACACCACCAAAACCAACAACACUCCGGGCUUCCCCUCCUCAACACCUCGCCCUCAAUGAUGCACGUACCACACGCCCACCAACUAGACCACUCGGCCCACACAAACAACCUCUCCCCCUUCCCCGACCUAGCCAGCGACUUCAACAACGCCUUCUGGAACCUCGAAGCCAUGGGCCUCGGUCCAAACGCCACAACUAAUAACUUCUUCGAUCCAAUGAGUAGUUACUUUGUGCCCUUCAACGUUGAGCCUCCUCCACAACACAGUCUGGGCGACGAUGGCGUUUUCGCGCCUGGACCAGAGACGUAUGGCUUUGCGCUCGGGGCGGGCACACCGGUCGAUUUGGAUAUGAUGCAUGGAUGCGGUAACGGUGGUGCUGGCAGAGUACAUAGAGGUAGUGUGAGUAGCGGACGACCAGGCAUGGAAAGACGGGGCACAGGGCUUGGUUAAACCAGAUGAAAUGCUAUUUUGUUGCAAAAUCCUAGGAUAGAUGGGCGAUGGUUAAAUGCGGUAUUAUUUAAUGAAGAGGGUGUUGUCUUGAUAGAAAGGGGAUAUGCUUGUACGAGUCGGCGUUUGUAUGGUGGUGUCGACAUGGGAAGCUGUACAUAGAGUAUGAUUAUGUAUUAUCUGAGCGCCGGCUGUAUUUGUAGCUAUGGAAGCGCUGUUUAUAUUGAA